GGCAAGAGGGACAGGAGAGGGGCGGAGGGAGAGAGAGCGGCCGGAUCCAGCUGUUGCGGCGGCGGCUGCUGCUGCUACUAAAGCGCAGGGCAGUGGAGAAACUGUGUCAUUGUAAACCAGUGAAAUACAUCAAGACGGUAGUUCCUAAUAUAUGUGAACAUAAAAAAAAAGAUGACUGUGAAUUUGAUCCGGAACAGGCUGGGUCUUUUGGUACUCGGAGUUCUUGUUACUUUUGUCCUGUACCUCCUACUUCCUGUGAUCCAACCCGAGAGAUUUACGUCUUCCGUAGACAUCCCCAAGCCACUAGCUGUGGAGGAAGAUAUGAAGAAAGGUCCAAGCAUCAGCAAUGUCACCAUCCUGACAGGGACAGUCUUGCAGAACCCUUCUGUUUUCUUUAGAGAAGCUAUACUGGUACAGAAAGACGGGGCUGCCAGCACUGAAAGUAGGCUGGAGGUCAUCUUCCUGCACGGCCAGUCCUUCACUUCCAAAACAUGGGAGGAAUUGGGGACAUUGGCUUUGCUCUCUGGUAGUGGGCAUCGUGCAAUAGCCAUUGAUUUGCCUGGCUAUGGAGACACCUCACGUUCAAGCACUUUGGAGACAGCACAGAGUCGUGUGGCCUUUCUGCAGCAAAUCUUCAAAGAGCUAAAGUUGCAAAGGCCUGUUCUGAUAAGUUCAUCCAUGAGCGGCCGCUAUGCCAUCCCAUUCCUUCUGGCCAGUGGGGAGCAACUGAAGGGCUUUGUGCCCAUUGCACCAGUGGGCACCAAGGACUUCACUACUCAACAGUAUCAACAAGUCCAGACUCCAACUUUGAUUAUUUAUGGAGAGCAUGAUACUUCCCUGGGGCUUCAGUCUCUGCAAAGCCUUCAACAGAUACCCAAGUCCAGAGUGGUCAUGUUGCCCGGAGCUGGCCAUGCCUGUUACCUUGAUAAACCUCAAGAGUUCCACAAGGCGCUCCUGAAUUUCCUGGGUGAACUCAAUUGACUGUGUGGAGCCCUCUUUACCCUGCCAUCUUCUUGAGGGGGCAGGCAGAAGACAGUCUGUACCUACAUGACUGGGGUGCUGUGUGUUUGAAUCUGUUACUCCAUAUUUAAAGGGCUGCGGGUUUUGACCACUGUUCAUGGGAGGAGCUUUUCACUGCUUGCUUGAGGGGCUAUUUCCAGUAUGUCUGUUUCCAGGCUUGACUGGCUAAAUCCUGCAGUCUUAAGCAGAAAAAUUGGAUCAAGGGGCAAAUGGAGUAGAAUGGCUCCUUUUUCCCUGAAGCUGUCUGUUACAAAGGAGUCUGGAGAAUUCAGUAUGUGCUUCAGGGUCAGCCUCUGAUCCUGUUUAAGAGCUGAUCUCUCUUGAUGAAGAUGUGGCUCCAGUGUCUUAUUUCAGGAGCACAAGCCAUUUUCGGAGUGCUGAGGUAUCACUUCUCUAUCAUCAGCGGACUUCUACACUCCUGCUGUAAGGCUUAAGUUCUCAUCUGCUUGUUAACUUACAUCCCACCUUUUUCUUGGAUGGCACCUUCUAGAACUCAUCCAUUGAUGGAAUGAGACCUGGUGUAUUAAUGAUUGUCCCUGUGUGUGUAUGUGUGUGAGAGGGAGAGAGAGAGAGCAUAUGCAUGUGACUGACCUUAUCUGGAAUGUCUGGGCGUAAGGAAGUGGUUUUAGAAUUGGCAUGGAUGCCUUUAGGGAAUUCUUUUAAAAAUCCAUAUUUAAAUGUUUUUCUUCCAGCCCCUUCCCCCUCAAACAGACACACAUACACAGAAAUAUUUAUGUGUUUCUGAGGCUCCAGAUCUAGUAAGGUGGUUGUUGAAUGUGAAUGGCUUUCUUUUUGGGGGAUUGUUUGGGAUUGUUAAAUGAGCUAUUGUUCAAAGUAGAGGGAGUGGGAUAUUAGGUGACUGAACUGAUGAGUUGUCCAGAGAAUGCAGCCUACAUGUUGGGGAAGAGAAUAAUUUAUCCUGCUCGCAAAGUCAUAAGCUUUCUUAGGGUUUGAAGCAUUGCAGAACUGUCAAUAAUUUCUGUAUAUGUGCUUGUUCUACACACUAAAUGGAGCAAGGAAGCCUUGCUGGGCAGGACGCAUAAUUGGCAGUCAUCUUCUGAAAUGGAUUUUCCUGUCACCCACUCAUCUUGGAGUGGGCUUCCUCUCUGCUCAUCCACAUUAGAAGCACUGAAUUGGCCAUAUGUGUCUCGCUCACUAUCCUUUGCCAUCAACAUGAUCCAUUAUCUUACAGUUCAGGCUGUUCAGCUUCUGAAGGCUGACCUGAACUGAGACUGUGGCUGACAUCGUUGUGCCUGAAGACCUGAGGACACCUGUCAUGAAGGACAUUCGGCUUCACAAUACCACUCUGAAUAAGGCACCAAUAUGGAUCUGGGGCAUUCCCACAAUGCUACAAUAAUACAACCAAGUUCGCCGGUACCCUUAUUCCAGUGAAAUGUCACAUGGCUCAUUGGGCAGGAUGUUUCUUCUGUUGUUGUAAAUAUGCUUUCUGUUCUUCUCAGUUCUCCGAAUGUUUUCAGAUGAAUUCUUUUCGUGUUCUUCAGCACUCUGAAUCGUUCAGAUUGAAUUGUUUCGCACUGUUAGACAAAUAAGACACAAGGUGGUCACUUGA